GUGAUUGCGAAGCUGACACAGCGGACGAUUCUCGUGUAGAAUCCAGUGGCAACAACCGAACCCGAAAUCCUAAAUGCGCUCGUUGCCGCAACCACGGAGUAGUGUCAGGUCUUAAAGGUCACAAGCGUGCAUGCGCGUGGCGUGAAUGUCGUUGUGCAUGUUGUCUUCUCGUCGUCGAACGUCAACGGGUGAUGGCAGCCCAAGUUGCUCUGCGUCGACAGCAGCAAGCUCGUGACAAUCUUCACGGCGCGGAUGUCAAUCAGAGAUCCGUCGCUGCUUAUCAGAGGCGAUUGAGAAACUUUCAGAGACAUCGUUUGCACCUUACCCAGACGAGGAUCAGUGUAACAAGGCAGGAUUUAAGAAUUGUCGACGCUGUCCCUGAUGCGCUAAUAGAAUCUAACAAAGAUGAUCAGCAGAAUGAGACGUUAAUAAACUUCGAUAGUUUUUAUCCAACAUAUCCGCAAAUUCCAUGGUUUCCUUAUUUUACCGAGUCGACUGGUGUGCCGAGAAAUGUGACGAACGAAGCGAGAAAUCCUUACGAUAAUAUAUCCAACGUGGAGAAAACUUUACAGAUGGAUAAAAAAUCGAAGAUUUCGUUUAGCGUUGAAUCUAUUAUAGGGAGCAAGUAAAUUGUAUAGAUGUAGCAGAUAAGAGUUUGUAAAUAAAUUUUUUUUGAUGAA